CGGAUAUCUGGGCGCUUGACCCACGAUAAUUGCCCCCCUGGAAAUGAUCCCAUCCCCUCUACUGUUGCGCUGCCUUCUCUCCGCAGCCCCAUGUCAUUGAAGUUCGACCCCGAUCCGGACCUGAUCGACCCAACUUGGGAAUCGGCAUUACUGAGCGAGCGAGAUGUUGCUGGCCAGAUCCCCGUGAAUUUCAUCAGCAGCUCCGGGGUAGCCGUGAAAGCGGCAUGCUUCGACACCGUGUUCGACCGGCGCACCGUUGGAAAAUGUCUCUCGAAUCUGAUAGCAGUGGGCUUUCGUCGCCUCGUUGUUGAUUUGUACUGGUCGCCCGAACGACGGGUGUGGAGCUUUUGUCCAGUCCGCCUCCCUCGCAAUGCCCAUAUCGUCGAGGUCUCAACGACACCGGCCGCGGGGCCAGCGGCGACUGCGACUGCUGAUGCGUCUGCACCGACGGUAACCGCGGUCCGCGGCGACUCGAAUACGAUGCUCUACCAUCUAGGACCGUACCUCUGCUCGAGUGACAUUGAUAUUUCAGCCUUGAUUGACGUGUUCCUGGACUAUUUCAAAGAUACCGGGUCGCAGAUCAACGUAUACACCAGAUAUAUCACGCUCAACCUCCAUGUCGGUGCUAGUGCCAGUGCCCCCGAUCAGCCGGCGUCUACGAUGUCUGGACGAGACCUCCCGACUUCGAUGGAGCAUAUCAGCACGCUAUUGGACGCGCGCCUUGUCCAAUUCCUCUAUACCCCACACCAGCUCGCUGCCGACCGCACCAACUUGAACGAAUCAUGGUAUCAAGUUGACGAUGGGUACAAACCCAUUGCGGAGUACUUCACGACCCACUCGAACUCGAAAGGGGUCCAGCGCACCCCCGAUGGGUGGCCAUGUAUCAAGUACAUCCAGCUCGCCAAGGAGAAACGGCUCCUUCUGGAAUAUGGCUCUGUGGAUUCGCAAUUGGGCGGCUAUAGCUUGACUGACAAAAACCAAAACAUAUUCCCCCCAAACUACAUGAGCGCCCCGGUAGCCGUCUCAUACGGGAAGGGAGGUCACCCCUCGCACUGUUUCUACGACCCGGACGCAGAAAACGUGUCCCAGGUCAACGCGUCCUGGGCGAUUUCAAGCAGUAUUCCCGGUUCGGCCGGGGCAAAUAACAGCGAAGGCCUCGGCCUGCUGUCAGACAUGGUCCAAAACCUGACAGCGUGCGGCGUGACCGCACUCCUCAACAGCACCCUCUUCCACUCGACCGCGAACAGCGCGGCCGGUAUAUACAAGAACAUCUCUCUCUCCACAUCGUGGGCCUGGGCCAUCGGUCAGCCCGCCGGAUCCACCGUGACAGACGACAUCGACGAGCCCAGGAACGACCGCUGCGCAGUCAUGGACAUGUCCUCGAACGGUCGCUGGCGAGUCGCCAACUGCACCGACGUCCGCCACGCCGCCUGUCGCGUAGGAAGCCACCCCUUCACCUGGGAACUAUCCCCCACAGUACACGACUACCAGGGUGCAUACUCGGACGCCUGCCAGGGCGACACCAGCCUCGGCGUGCCCCGCACAGGCCUCGAAAACACUUACCUGCACCGCUUUCUCCAAAACCAGUCCACCAAGCUACUCGACCCCGCGUCGGAUGAUCCCGCCAUGCGCGAAGUCUGGAUCGAUUUCAACUCUCGGGAUAUCGCGUCUUGCUGGGUCAGCGGCGGGCCUGAGGCAGAGUGUCCUUAUGCUUCGGAUCCUCAGCAGCUCGAACGGCGGACUGUCCUUGUCGCUGCCGUCGCGGGUAUCGUUAUUUGCGUCAUUGCCGCUUUGACGUUGUUCGUGAAGUGUAAUGCCAAUCGGCGCAACUCGAGACGGAGAAAUCGUAUAAUGCAGGGAUGGGAGUAUGAGGGCGUGCCUUCGUAAUGGGCUUGUUCGUUUUCCUAGUUUGGUUGGAUAGUUUAUUGUCUACCUACAUGUAUACUUACUAAUACCCACUGUCUAUCUAUUUGUAUAAUGAACCCAAUUUUAAUAUG